GUCUAGUCUGCCGCGAACGAUGCGCCGGGUGGUCGUGUCGCACGUCGCGCCCGUUACCGCUCUUAACUUCGAAAUUGUUUUACGAAAGUAUGUAAAGGUUUCAAAUAAAAACUUGUGCAGGACUAUUGCGACGAUCGUGCCGUCUACUGUAUAAGUAACUUAGAACGACCUAAAUAAGUAGUUUUAAGUUAUUGAAACUUAAUAGGCUUACUCGUUUUACCUGCAUGCUUCGUCCCACGACUCGUGCGAAGCGGUUACCUUUAUUGGAUAAACGAACAUUUUUCAAAUGGAUGUGCGUUUGAAUUCUGUGAUAGUGUGCGUGUUAUGUGUAAAUAAAGGACUUCGUGAGUGCGUGCUUAAAGUCUGUGGCCAGUUUUUUACUCUAGUGACGUGCUUAAAAUUGUAAUAAAGUUAGGAAAAUGCCUUUACGCGGGGGAGAGAGGGGCUUGCUCGUCGCGCUGUUGGUGUCGGUAGCGGUGGCGUCGGCGCAGUAUACGAAAGUCAGAGAUCAUCCAUCACAUCACGUGACGAGGUUACGACACUCCAGACAUCUGGAUGGGUACCUGCCAUUACACACGUCGGCCUUUAUUCCGGCGACAUCACCCAAGCUUGCUGUGAAGGACAACCACAAGCCCUUGUUUACUGAAUGUUUAAACUACAAACCUACAUUGAAGGAAGAACAACCUCCUGGGACGUAUGUUUUUACCGUCCAUGCAGAUGAUCGAGAUCCCCCAGAUAUGGGUGGCACAGUGACAUACAAAUUCGUCUCGACACCAGGAGAAAAGGAAAGAUUCCAUGUCAACCCCAAAACUGGAGAAAUCACCACUGCAGAUAUAUUUGAUCAUGACGAGCCGUCCCGUGAGAAAGAAGCCUACAUUACAGUUCGAGCCAGCGACAAUGGACAUCCUCAGCUCGAUGAUGCUUGUACCAUUAAAAUCCUCAUCGAAGACAUCAAUGAUAACCAGCCAGUCUUCGACAAAGUCUCGUACUCGGAAUCAGUACCACAAGAUUUGCCAAGCGGCCGUGAGGUGAUGAGGAUAUCGGCUACGGACAUUGAUGAUGGAAAUAAUUCCAUAGUGCAAUACGAUUUAGACUCAAAUUCCCCGGAUCAGGCGUAUUUCUAUAUCGACCAUGAUAACGGUGUUAUAUUCCUGAACAAAACGAUCGAUAAACCACCCGGCUAUAAAUUCAAAUUGAGCGCCAUAGUAAAGGACAUGGGAGCUGAACCCCAACAAAGUUCGAUCACUUUAGACAUCCAAGUCGUGGAAUCGAACAAGAAAAGCCCGUCUUUCAUAGAAGUUCCUGAUGAGCCGAUAAGAUUAAAAGAAAAUUACGCAGACUUCAAUACUCCCAUAGCCACAGUGAGGGCGGUAUCAAAUAUCCCGGAAGAGAAGAAACUUCAGUUUGAGCUGGUGAUGGGUCAAACAGAACAGACAAACAAAUGGCAUACAUUCGUGCUGGAACCCGAAGCUGACUCAGCAUAUAUAAAGCUUGGUAAUCAUUUGGAUUACGAGAAAAUAACAGACUACACGUUGACUGUAAGAAUACAGAACAAUUACAAGCUAGCCGCUGAAACAAUUAUCCAAAUAGAAGUGGAAGACGUGAACGACAAUAUUCCCAUAUUCAGUGAGAUACGAUCCGGGAGCGUUCUAGAAAACGAACCGCCGGGAACACCAGUGAUGCAAGUCAGAGCUUUCGACGCUGACGGUACUUCAGCUAACAACCAAGUCACGUACGAACUGGGAGAUCCCUCUGACCCGUUCGCGAUAGACAGCAUCACUGGCAACAUAACAACCCUAAAGAUGUUCGACAGAGAAGAGAGGAGUUUCUAUAACAUCAAAAUAAUCGCGACCGACAAUUCCGAGUCGGCGCUCAUACCCGGUAAACACAACGCUGGUCAACAAGUGUUCCUUAUAGAGAUAGCUGAUAAAAACGAUAAUCCACCCCAUUUCACACAAGACACGUAUGUCGCGGAGUCCAUAGCUGAGAACGCUAACAUUAAUGAACUGGUCACGCAAGUUACUGCUUUGGAUAUUGAUACGGCAUCCGUGGUAACAUACAGCAUAGUAGCUGGUAAUACGUACGACGCGUUUGUAAUACGUAAUUUUACGGGUGAAAUUCGUGUUAACAACGAGCUUGAUUACGAAAACAUUACCAGUUAUAGUUUGGAUGUGAGGGCAUUUGAUGGUCUGUACGAAGAUUACGCUAAAGUGCUGAUCAAAAUCGAGAAUUUAAAUGAUAAUCCGCCAGUUUUCUUGGCCAACUACACUAGGACAAUAGAGGAAGAGAAAUUGUAUGAAGGCUGCAUAGUUAAGGUUGAAGCAUAUGACCCCGACCUGGAUAGGAACGAGCCCCAAAACAUAGUCUACUCUUUGGUCAAGCACGAGCAAAAGGAGUUCCUUCAGAUUGACAAUGACGGGUGUCUCCGACUCACCAAGCCCCUAGAUAGAGACCAACCCUCUGGCUUCACGAGAUGGCAGAUACUCAUCAUGGCCGCUGACCAUGGAGGCAGAUUAGGGUCAGAUAGCUUGAGGUCCACUACUGAAGUUAUUUUGGAGCUGACGGAUAUCAAUGAUAAUGCGCCGUUUUUGACUAAUACACAGCCAGUGAUAUGGUACGAGAAUGAACCCCCCGGGCAAGUGGUGAUCCUCACAGCGAAGGACUACGACUCAGCAGAAAAUGGGCCCCCUUUCACCUUCGCACUUAAUGAAUCCGCCAGCUUCGAUAUACGUUCUAAGUUUCAUAUACAAGGCAACAUUCUUUCAACGCUAGUGUCCUUCGACAGAGAGCAGCGUAAAGAAUACAAAAUCCCCGUCGCAAUAACAGAUUCUGGUACACCAAGACUGACCGGAGUGUCCAUUCUUCAUGUCGUGAUAGGAGAUAGGAAUGACAACCCUAUGUCCUCUGGGGAAAGCAGCAUUUUCGUUUACAACUAUAAGGGUGAAGCACCAGAUACAGAAAUUGGAAGAGUCUUCGUGAACGAUCCGGACGAUUGGGACUUACCAGAUAAACGAUUCAUGUGGUUGCCAUCCUAUGAACAAAGAAGUCCCUAUUUCGAUGUUCAUAGCAACACUGGCAUGAUCACAAUGAAGGAGGGAACGCCUAAUGGGACAUAUUUGCUGCAUUUUAACGUGACAGAAGAGAACGAGCCCCUCGUACCAUUCCAUUGGGUGGAGGCAACCGUGAGUGUGACCAUCAAGGAGAUUCCAGAAGAAGCUGUAGACAAAUCUGGCUCUAUCCGCUUCAUCAAUAUAACAGCUGAAGAAUUUAUUGUGCCUGAGGCUGAUGGUUUAAGCAAGAAGGAGAAGCUGCAUCGCCGCCUCGCGCAACUAUUCAACAAAUCCAUGGACAACGUGGACGUUUUCACGGUUUUCAGUAAACUGACAGUGAAGGACGAAUUCCUGGACGUACGGUUUUCGGCGCACGGCUCCCCGUACUUUGAACCUGAGAAAUUGGACAGCAUGGUCAUUGGGAUACAGGAAAAGUUGGAAGAAGAGCUCGGAGCGAAAAUCUACAUGGUCAGAAUAGACGAAUGCCUCAUAGAGAAGGAGCAGUGCGAAGACUCCUGCCGGAACGUCCUGAUGAAGAAUAACGUUCCUCUCUCCGUGUACACGAACACCACCAGCUUCGUUGGUGUGAGCGCGAGAGUGGAGUCCGAGUGCACUUGUGAUGUGGAGGAACCGCUCAUUUGUCUGAAUGGAGGUACCCCAUUCGCGGACAAAUGCGAAUGCCCGGAAGGCUGGAAUGGACCACACUGCGAACAGACCUCCAUCGCGUUCCACGGGAACGGCUGGGCCAUGUACCCCCCGCCCCCCGCUUGCCAGGAGGGGCACGUCACCCUCACUGUGACGUCACAUUCCAGUAACAGCUUGAUCUUCUACUUGGGGCCGCUCAGAUACAACCCCCUGCUUGAUGUCCAAGAUUUCAUGUCUUUAGAAUUGGUUGAUGGUUACCCCGUGCUGCUGAUCAACUAUGGGUCAGGUACAACGAAGCUGAACAAUAGUGUGGUCUAUGUUGCUGAUGGGAAACCGCAUCUCAUAGAAAUCGAUCUGAUGAAGAGUUCGAUAGAAAUGUUCGUGGAUAGAUGCAAAUUGUCUACUUGUAUGAGUCUGGGCGCACCCACCGGGCCCAGGGAGAUUUUAAAUGUGAACGCACCGCUACAACUGGGUGGUGUCAGUGUGGACCUGGAAGAUCUGGCUCAUUCGUUUGGCUGGAAGCAUGUCCCCACCAGCCAGCACUUCAUGGGCUGCAUCAGCAACUUUACGUACAACGAUUAUAUGUACAACUUGGGCAAGCCAUCCGUGGAGCAGAACGCGGACCCGGGCUGUCAGAAGAGCGUCUUCACGGCUGUCACAUUUGGUAUCGACACCAACUUCCUGGUCGCUAUACUUGUGUGCAUCGCCAUAUUAGUCAUACUCCUCCUAGCGGUGGUAGUCCACAGGCGGCGAGCAGACGCGUGGGCGGAGAAGGAACUCGACGACAUCAGAGAGAACAUCAUCGCCUAUGAAGAUGAAGGUGGUGGUGAAGGUGAUGCGGGUUACGACCUGCAUGUGCUGAGGCAGAUGUAUGACGGGCCUCCCCCGGAGACCGACGUCACGUUCAUGCAAGCGCCUGGUGUAGUAGGCGCCGCCCCAGAUAUAUCAGGGUUCCUAGACGACAAGAAGUCAGUGCUGGACCGCGAUCCGGACAUCACUCCGUACGACGACGUGCGACACUACGCGUACGAGGGCGACGGGAACACCAGCGGCUCGCUGUCCUCGCUCGCCAGCUGCACGGACGACGAAGACCUUAAAUUCAACUACCUAUCAACAUUUGGGCCUCGCUUCCGCAAGCUCGCCGACAUGUACGGCGACUCGGACGACGAGCGGCCGCACGAGGAGUCCUGGUGCUAGCACCACGCCUGGCUCGUGUAGCCGCACCGUGUCACCUUCCUGUAGUCACUUCGUGACACUUGGUGACAACUCGCGAGUCCUUGUGACACGUUGUGAGCCCUUGUGACAUUUAGUGACAUCGCGCGAGUCCCUGUGACAUGUUGUGAGCCUGUGACGCUGUGACUCGCACGUGACUGUACCGCGUUUGACCCGUGCCUAUGUGUCCCCACCGGAUGACGCCUGUGAUAUCGUCACAUGCUGUUCGCCGUUACGGUGGGCAGGUGGAAAAAUGUUGCAUAAAUCAAUGAACAUGCGGGUAGUUUUUUAUUUAGACGGAAAUGAUGUAUUUGUAAACAAGCUUACUGUACGUUAUAAGGAUAGUGCAAAUUCAUUAAAAUAUAACGUAGUGUAUUUUCAGCGUGUCUAUCCACACCCUUUGUCAGUCGCUUAUAAGAAAUUGCGGAUAAAUUUAUCGAAACGCCGGUUUCCUAGUGAGUAUAAUAUUUUGUUGGAAAGCGGCAUUUUAUGUGGCAUUUUUCGAAAGCAAAUGUUAAUAUGUUUUAAGAAAUGACUGAUUUGUAUCGUUGUUUAGGCAUCGUUGUAGAUACGCCUAAAUUAUUUCUUGUAUGUAAUUUUUAUAUAUAACAAAAUAAGGACAUUACUUCUAACUAUGCUAGCGUUAAGGAUACUGUAUGUACUGCAAUUUUUUGUAUGGUUGUAAAUUAUUCGGAAAAACGUAGUUUCUCGUAUAGUAUUAUGGUUUAGCAGCAUUUAUGACAGAUAGCAAUAUGGAUUAAUGAUUAAGUGCCAUUAUUUUCGAUAAAUAUGUAUUGUUUCCUAAAAUUUCCUAUCACUUUUGAUUCUUUUUAGAGAAAUUAUUGCCAAAAAUUGGUUAAAAUCCCGCCCAUUUCGUGGUUUCUUUUUUUAACUUUAGUUUUAAGUUUUUUUUUUUACUUUUUUAUGUUAAUGACUUUGUCAAGCGUUGUUUAUACAAUUGAUUUGUAACGAUAUCGUCCAAUUAUUGAUAUGGUGCAUUUGAAAUAAAAGUUUUAAAUUGAAAUUUUAGUUUCUUGUUAUGGAAACCUUCACGUCUAGUGUUCAUGUUUCGAGAGACACAAAAUUAUGAAACAACACAACAUAGAUUUAGUGAUCCGCAUUAGGGCUAAUUGUAAAUAUGUAUAUUGCAUUCUUGUUCUUACUUUAAGUAAUUUUUAUAUGACUAAUGUAAGGCGAUUGUACAAGGUGUCUUAUUAUUAUGCAUAUCAACGAAUUGUAUGAACUAACCGUAGUCUUAUAUCCCUACAUUAUAAACAUCUCUUGGUGUCUAUGAUAUCCAUUACCAUAAAAUAUACGUGAAAUGCGUUGUUAUUCAUUCUAACCUUUAAUACAAAUGAAUAAAACAUAUUUUCGCAUGUAUAAUUUUAUUAUUGCUUGCUGACGAAACUGCAAACAGUCGAAUAAUUUAGCGUAUUUAUUUAACCUACGUACGCCCUUUCAAAUCUGUACACGACGUUGGUACAGAAAAUACAGUUCUUUCGUGUAAUAGAAAAAUCAUCCAAGUCGAAGCAAACCUACUUCUCAUAGACUUUUCUCGCCGACUGUACUUACGCCUCUAAUUAAACAUUUGGGUCAUAGCUUUGCGCCAUUAAUCUUUUUGAUUUAUUAUGUCGACAAAGACUCGUAUGGGCUCUAACAGCCAUAAGUAUUAUUAAGCACUGAUUAACACGUCCAUAAGCUUCAUUUUUAAAUCUCAUCUAGAUUUUCACGUAUCAAACAUUUUCCAGUGACUGUUUUCAAUAUUUUUCUAGAAAAUGUUUUGUCCAUAUUUAUUGUGAUUAUUUUGUUCGCAAUUGGAUUUACGUUUUUCUUUUCGCAAAUUUGGCGCCUAAUUUGACAUUGACAGCUUGAAAUGUCAUAGACAUUAUUUUUACACUGUAGUAAAAACGAUCUCGUAUGUCAACUUACGUACCAUAAAUUAUUAUAUUUUAAUUACUAGUUCUUAGUAACUGCAGCAGCUAUUGGCAGCUUCUUUUGUAUUUUUUUAUUAGUAUCCAAUAUUUUGCGUACAAAUAGUUUAAGUAUCAAAUUUAAAAGCGAGAGCCGUUUGUAGUUUAAGUAAAUAUAAGUAUAAAGUGUUUCUAAUUUCUACAUUCCAUAAAGAGCAAAUUCAUUACUGUUGAUGUAUUUUACUAAUAUUAAUAUCGGAUCAAUUAUUCGUACUUAGAAGCCGAUGGUAUGUGUACAAUUACAUAAUCGUUAUUGUGAUGGAAACCACUGCCAUGAGAAUUUUUAGAAUAAAUUAUAAUACUUUAUGAUCUCUUAUAUCACUAAACCAUUUUUGAAAAAAUGUAGUAAGUAAUUAUGUAAUUAAUAAAUAACGGCCUCAAUCCUUUCUAUAAUUUUAAUCCAUAAUAUUUGUUGAUAAUUAAAAUUUAUGUUUUCUUAUAUAAUUUAAUCGUCCACUUUAGAGAAAAUAAUAAUGAGAUCAUAGAGUAUAAAUAACGUAAUGGUUUAAGUGAAGUACCUAAGUGUGUUUGUAUUUUAAGUCUAUGCGAUUGCGUGUUGAUGUAUUGUCUAUGAAACAUUUAUAAUAAGUAUAUUAUGCAGUAAUUUGUACAUAAUUAUUGCGAAUGUAGAUAGAAUAAAUUGUUUUUGGUUACACGGAUAUAUUUAUACUAGCUUUUUUUAGCAACAUUGCCUUAACUAGUUGUUGUCUUGGAUAAUAGUUUUUUUUAGAUUAUUUGUGUGAACUUCCAAGCAUUUGAAAGUCAUAAAUAUUCACUCGGUAAAUCUUGCUUUGUGCGGCGCGACGAGCCGAGAGGUCGAGAUGUUAGCGCGGCUCUUUGCGAGAUUGUUAUGAAAAUUAGACUUUUAAAAGUGGAUUCUUUGAAUUGGUUAGGUUUUUCAAGUGUUAUCUUUACUGAAAUUUAAUAAAAAUUAGAUUUUUGCGAUAAUUUUUAUUUGACUUAAAUAGACAUUUAUAGUUUAUUAUACUGCAUUAUCUAUGAUCACAAAUUAUUGUAGUUAGAACCUUUAUAAUCUGUGUAAUCAAAAGUAAAUGGAACAGAUGGGAUCGAAUGUGUGUAAAAGCAAGCCUGUAAAAGAAAGAAGUAUUUAAUGCGUAGGUUUAAACAGAAAGAUGAGUCCGACUGAAGAUUGUCAUAUUAACUAUAUAAAAUAGCGUAAGGACCUAUAAUUUUUAAAUUGUUUAUAUAGAAAUAAAAAUAUUCAAUUCAGCAUUGGAAUAAAGUGAUGAAAUUGAA